UCCCAUGCCUUCCUUCAACCUUGGUAACUCCGCUCUUUGAGAGAGAGAGAGAGAGGAGUAGUUGCAUGGCCCUUUUUACAUGACAAGCAACCAAAAGAUAUGAUCUAAUUAUAAGGGAAGAGAGAGAGAGAGAGAGAGAGCCAUUUAUUUCUUCGUUUCUUUCUUCCUCCAAGUCAAAGAUAUAAACAAAUUAAGAAAGAAGGUUUCUUCAUUUUUAGAGAGAGAGAGAGAGAGAGAGAGAUGGCAAUGGGGGGAUUUUACAAGGGAAAUGGGAGCAAUGGCUGGCAUAGAGGAAGGCCAUACGCGAUGAUGUUGCUUCUUGCAUUUGGGGCGGCGUUGCUUGGGGUGAUGGUUCUCCACAAGCUCAGAGAGAGGCGGAUCUUCACCCUUCUUCUCAAAGAGAAAGACCAGCAGCUCACCUCUCUUCACCUUCUCUUGCAGAAGGAAAGAGAUCACUCCGAGGAAAUGAAAAGGAAGAACGAAGAGAUGAAAACAAAGAUAUACUCCCUUAGAACCCAAAAGAUGGAGCUUGACAGAAGGAUUCUGGAGAAGCAGUCUAGUAUUGAUUCGCUAAAAGAUGAACAAAGAGCCAUGGAAUCUGCGCUCGAAGAAAAGCAGAAUGAGAUUAAAUUGCUAAGAGAGAAAGAAAUUGAUCCUGGAAGAGAAAACCUACAAGUAAUAGCUCUGAUGGAAAGCUUGAAGAAGAAGGAAGCUGAAAUAGAGGAUUUUAAGCACCGUACAGAUGACCCAUCAAGCCCGCCUGUUAAUUUAACUGUGAAUUCGCAGGUCUCUAAGGGUGCACAAGAGGGUGAACAACUGCAUGAAUCCGCCGGUUACAGAGGCGGUGAAGAUAGAAGCAAAAUUGAAUUGAACAAUUCCAGAGAGGCUGGGGCUACUACAGCAAGAGUUGAAGAUGGAACUGAAAAUAAAGCAGGAGAUUCUGAUAGGAGGGAGAUGAUUGGAGAACACAGGCAGAAGCCUCAAGAAUCGCACGAUGAAGUCAUUAACAAUGGAGAUUCUCAAGAACAUGACAGUCGGGAUCUUCGUGAAAUUCAAAAGGGUGGAGUCAAGUUAGAAGAGGCAGACAAUUCUGGUGGUAUUGGAAUAGGUUCUAGGGUGCGAGGGAAGCAUGGCAAUGCGGGUAAAACAAAGGGAAAGAGAUGGAGAAUGCUCGUGAAGAACCGGUGGCCGGAGAACAAUGCGAAUUCUGUAAAUAACGAAGCAGUGAGCAAGAGAAGCAGACAAAUUUUUCUAGACGAUGAAGAUGGAUUGAAGAGCAGAACUUCUGACAUGGCUAAACUGAAGAGAGAGGGAGUCAAUAACCCAAUGGAAGUAAGAAAAGCUGUCAACUUUUCAGAUGCCAAAUUGCAGGAUCCUCACGACGUUGAAGAUAGCAAAGAUCUGAAAAACAUGGUUGUGACUCUGAAUGCUGAUACAACUCAUCAGGUGGUGAUGGGACGAGAAAUAUUGUUGGAAAAUCUCCAUGCUGAUGUAAAUGAAGAAGUCCAGGUCCUGAAAAUUGGAAGUGGCAAUGGCACAUCCAGCAACAUUACAAUGGAUGUCAGAAAGCAGAAACUGGACGAAGGCAGUGACAUUCAACAACAGUCAAUCAGCAGUAAUGUCAAAAAAGUGGAACAUGAUGCUGAAGAAGCAGGAGUACUGGACGACACAAACGAAGUGUCGGAAGAUUUGGAGGUUGCCAAUGGAGAAGAUGAUGACCAUUUCUUCAGGGAAUCCAGCUCCGAUGUGGAAGAAGAAGAGUACAAAGAAGAAACGGAUGAGUCUGAGUUUUAGCUGAUAUACAAGUUCAAGUCUUCUGUUUGUAAUAGAUCUGUUAAAAGCAUAUGCGUGUCUGUAAGAGCAAUUCUGUUUGAUUAAGCAUGUUUAGAACUCAAUGGACCAGAUAGGAGACUAACUUUCAAGCAGGUGUUAUGAAACCAAAAUUCCACAUAAAUAAUUAAAUAGAAUACAGCGCCGUUUAGAACUGUGCCGCUCCCAAGCUCUGCUACAUGAACUUUUUCUUCUACACUCCUAAGUGCUUACUCCCAAAAACAGAAUAAGCAUAUAUAUGAUUAAACUUCGUUGUAAUGAAAAACUGACAUGGCCACUGCCACCUUAGGAAGUAAGUACU